AACAACACUCGAAUCUCAAAAAUGACCACCUACUUCAACUACCCCAGCAAGGAGCUGCAGGAUGAGCUGAGGGGCAUCGCCCAGCGCAUCGUCGCCCCCGGCAAGGGAAUCCUCGCCGCCGAUGAGUCCGGCCCAACCAUGGGCAAGCGUCUGCAGGACAUCGGCGUUGAGAACACCGAGGACAACCGCCGUGCCUACCGUCAGCUGUUGUUCAGCACUGACCCCAAGCUGGCCGAGAACAUCUCCGGAGUGAUCCUGUUCCACGAGACCCUCUACCAGAAGGCCGACGAUGGCACCCCCUUCGCCGAUAUCCUGAAGAAGAAGGGCAUCAUUCUGGGCAUCAAGGUCGACAAGGGUGUGGUCCCACUGUUCGGCUCCGAGGAUGAGGUCACCACCCAGGGUCUGGAUGAUCUGGCCGCCCGUUGCGCCCAGUACAAGAAGGACGGAUGCGACUUCGCUAAGUGGCGUUGCGUUCUGAAGAUCGGCAAGAACACCCCAUCUUACCAGUCCAUUCUGGAGAACGCCAACGUUUUGGCCCGCUACGCCUCCAUCUGCCAGUCGCAGCGCAUCGUUCCAAUUGUGGAGCCCGAGGUUCUGCCCGAUGGCGAUCACGAUCUGGACCGUGCCCAGAAGGUCACCGAGACCGUCCUGGCCGCCGUCUACAAGGCCCUGAGCGACCACCACGUCUACCUAGAGGGUACUCUGCUGAAACCCAACAUGGUCACCGCCGGACAGUCGGCCAAGAAGAACACCCCUGAGGAGAUCGCUCUGGCCACCGUGACGGCUCUGCGCCGCACAGUUCCCGCCGCCGUUACCGGUGUGACCUUCCUGUCUGGAGGUCAGUCCGAGGAGGAGGCCACCGUCAACCUGAGCGCCAUCAACAACGUUCCUCUGGUCCGCCCAUGGGCCCUGACCUUCUCGUACGGUCGUGCCCUGCAGGCUUCCGUCCUGCGCGCCUGGGCUGGCAAGAAGGAGAACAUCGCCGCCGGCCAGGGAGAGCUCCUGAAGCGCGCCAAGGCUAACGGUGAUGCCGCUCAGGGCAAGUACGUUGCCGGAAGCGCUGGUGCCGGAUCUGGAUCCCUGUUCGUGGCCAACCACGCUUACUAAGGCACUUGGACGACGGACCUUCAUGCAACUACAUAAAAAUUAACUACAAAGCAGUUUGCUAGAAAUGUUUGGCAGAUUUGUUUAUUUUUAUCUUAGUUUCGAGAGCUAAGCAAAGCAAGCAUUAAAAAAUACAAAAAAAAGGAAUAUGAAGGAUUACAAUUUCAAAAAGAUGUUAUAUAUAUGUAGUACGUCACAUUUUUGCAAAAUAAUUAAUAUGUUAAAGAACAACUAAAAAUGAUGAGUGCAGAAGAAAUCAAGGAUUAUGUUCGAUGGAGAAGCAAUUUUAUCUUUAAUUUUAAGCAUACAAACAUAUUAUUGUUGAAGUUAUGAAAUUUAUAUUCUAUUAUUAUUAUGAUUAUCAAAGAUUUCAAUGUUAACAAGUAAAUAUUUCGUAAAUCGUUAACUACAAACCAACACAUUUUAAUAGUGAAAACAAGAGCAACCACUAUCAAACAAGAACAAAAUGUCUAAAGUCUUGAAUCAUUGAAAUCGCACAAAGUUUUAUGGAAUUUUUUUAAUGUUUUAUAAAAGAUCCUCUAUGAAAAUCGAUGUUUUACCAUUAUUAUUAUUAUUAAACUUUAUAUUUAUGAUUGAUAAGUAUAAGUGAAACCAAUGACGCAAAUAAACCAACACAUUACAAUAAACCCUAAAAAGCCCCCAAACACUCAAUUAACCAUAUAUAUUUAUAUAUACACUAUUGAAAAACUACCCAUUGUUGAAGAAUACCAGAAAAUAAAAUAUAUAUUUCGUGGGACCUUAGUGUCCACUGGCCGACAAAAAGUGCAGGGGCACAUUGCUUGUUACUCGAUUCUUUUUUUCAAUCUAUUUAUGAUCGUCUAUCCAAAUGGGAUAGGUAGUAACAAGAAAAACUUUGUCAUUAUCAUAGUACAUAUUUACAUAUUGAAAUGUUGUAGCCAUGAUUAAUCACACAUAUUUAUCAAAGUUGUUUAUUAAUUAUAUUUUAUUCAAGUUGCAAGUUCUGCAUAUCGUUGUUGAUCACACAUUGAUUUGAAGUGCAAUGUGCAAAUAUUACAGACAGAAGAAGGAUAUAUAAUACUAACCGGAAGGAUUAAGCUUAAACUAGUUGAAAUUGUGAAAUCGUAACCAUCAAACACCACAAACAACAGCAACAACAACCAGCUGUACAACCAAUAUACAAGAAAUAAAAAACAACAAAAAAACUAACAUCAGCAUAUAAAUUUAAGGGUGUUGAUAAAACAUCUUUCAAUAAAAAAAAACCUAACGAGCAA